GCUUCGGGAUUACGGAGUGCCUCUGAGCUGGAGCACCUCGCCGGGACGGCCUCCUCCCGGUCUGUGGGCCGGUGCUGGGACCCUGGUGUCUGCAGGCCGUUCUCCUGAGAAACCGUCACCACGGACCGUCGCCGGGACUUCCAGGGGCACCCGGGCUGUUUUGGAAGUCAAGAAAAGUUCUCCAAAAGGUCACCCGCCACUGGUCCUAUGGCUGCCAUGCAGAUGGAUCCUGAGCUUGCCAAGCGCCUUUUCUUUGAAGGGGCCACUGUGGUCAUCCUGAAUAUGCCCAAGGGGACAGAGUUUGGCAUUGACUACAACUCCUGGGAGGUGGGGCCGAAGUUCCGGGGCGUGAAAAUGAUCCCACCAGGCAUCCACUUCCUCCACUACAGCUCUGUGGACAAGGCCAAUCCCAGGGAGGUGGGCCCUCGUAUGGGUUUCUUCCUUAGCCUGCAGCAGCGGGGGCUGAUGGUCCUGCGCUGGAAUGCAGUCCGGGAAGAGGUAGACCUAUCCCCAGCCCCAGAGGCUGAGGUGGAGGCCAUGAGGGCCAACCUCCAGGAGCUGGACCAGUUCCUGGGACCUUACCCAUAUGCCACGCUCAAGAAGUGGAUUUCACUCACCAACUUCAUCAGUGAGGCCACAAUGGAGAAGCUGCAGCCUGAAAGCCGGCAGAUCUGUGCCUUCUCAGAGGUGCUGCCCGUGCUCUCCAUGAAGCACACCAAGGAUCGGGUGGGGCAGAACCUACCCCGCUGCGGCACUGAGUGCAAAAGUUACCAGGAGGGCCUGGCGCGGCUGCCUGAGAUGAAGCCCAGAGCCGGAACAGAGAUCCGCUUCUCAGAGCUGCCCACACAGAUGUUCCCGGCAGGUGCCACGCCGGCAGAGAUAACCAGGCACAGCAUGGAUCUCAGCUAUGCCCUGGAGACUGUGCUCAGCAAGCAGUUCCCCAGCAACCCCCAGGAUGUGCUUGGUGAACUCCAGUUUGCCUUUGUAUGCUUCCUGCUGGGGAAUGUGUACGAGGCAUUUGAGCACUGGAAGCAGCUCCUGAACCUCCUGUGCCGGUCAGAAGAAGCCAUGGUGAAGCACCACACCCUCUACAUCAACCUCAUCUCCAUCCUGUACCACCAGCUCAGCGAGAUCCCUGCUGACUUCUUUGUGGACAUUGUCUCCCAGAAUAACUUCCUCACCAGCACCUUACAGGUUUUCUUUUCCUCCGCCUGCAGCGUUGCCGUGGAUGCCACCCUGCGGCAGAAGGCUGAAAAGUUCCAAACUCACCUGACCAAGAAGUUCCGGUGGGACUUUGCGGCGGAGCCUGAGGACUGUGCCCCGGUGGUGGUGGAGCUCCCUGAGGGUGUGGAGACUGGCUAACUGGGAAUGCUCUCAGCCAAGCGAGGCCCCUUCCCACAUGGCUGCAGUCCUGGCCUCUCCAUUUACCCCUUCCUACUGGGACCUGCCGGGGCAUCGGUGCCACCAGGUUCUGCAAAGAUGGAGCCGGAAUUCCCUCCUUCACCAAUAAAUAAAGUUCCUUCAGUGUCAGAGAGGCUGUACUCAUCCUAAAGACACAUUUGUGGGUUCUCUAGCAGCCUGGCCUUGGUGCUAACCUGACUGAAUUCUAGGUGGGCUCCUACAGAAGUCAGCAACAACCUACUUCCUUCUGAAUGAGAAGAAAUUGAACCAAAAGCCCAAGAGGGCCGAUUGCUUAUUCCAUAGGAUAGUUAGAAAACAAGAAACCCUGGACUGCUUAGGGGUCUGAGAUGUCAGUUAGUGACUUUUUGAAGUUAAACAGAGGGUAACAGGGCGAUGACUGAGAAUUUCUGCCUGCCCCUUGUUGAGUGGUCAUACAUCACAGAAAUAUGGGCAUGUGACCGUUCAGGAGCCCCAGACCGGGGAGAACGUACCACAGAAGACAUUUGGGUUGAGUGACGAGUAGUCUGCUUUUGCUUUCUCUGUCUAAGUCCCAUUCUCAUGUCCAGAGGUCCCAGUUGGAAAUCUUCCAAGAUGGUGUGGCCCUUGACCUCAGGGGCCUUGCUGGUGCCACACCCCUCCCACCUAUCUUAUUCUAAGACUUCCUACCCAGAAGUUGGACUUGGCAACCCUCCCAUAUGGCCCCAUUCCUCACCAGAGCCACCAUGACUGUUUCUGAUGACCUGGAGAUUCAACCACAAAGAGAAAGGUUCUUGCUCUGGGCAGGCAUCUUUGGCCCUGUUGAAGUUCUGUGCCUCUUCUGUAGAGCUCUGGAGAAGACCUGAUCAGCCUAGAUCUUCCCAGUCUUGCUGUGGAGCUGUCAGCCCCCGGAGUAAUGAUGCUCCAGUUUUCUGAGAGUCCUGAGGGUGUGCCCAUCAUGCACACAGGCCCUGCCACCCUGACCUCAAACUGCUGUACUAUGAUCAGAGUCCCUGCACUGGUCUUUUCCAAGGCUGUGGCUCACACCAGGUUUCUGAAUGAGAAUCCCUGCUGGUUAAGACUUGUGGUUCCACUUGUUUCCUUGGAGAUAUUUUCCAAGAGCAUAGUGUACAU